UUGAGGGUAUUUUAGGAAAAGUACAAAGUAUAAAACGAAAUUUCUAUAAAAAAAUAAAAUAAAAAGCCCACUUGGGUAUCUCCGACUCUGAGAAUCUUUAAUAUGGUUAUUUGGUUAGUUGGUAUUGACUGAUUCUUAUUCUUUGUUGGGUCUCUUUUUUUUUUCUGUCUUCAUUUAUUUUCUGUGUUUCAGGUAAUAAAAAGAGCUUCAUUUCUGCUAUCAUUGAAUGUGAUUUCGUUGUUUUUAUUUUUUUGUUUGAAUUCUACUGAUGGAAAUGGGUGUUUCUUUUGUUGAAACUUGAAUCUUGAAUAUAACUUUUAAGUUGUGAAAGUUAUUGUUGGCUGACCAUCUUGCAGGAAUCUAUGCAACUUGGAUUUCAUUUUUGUUCUCUUUGUUGAUUCCUUUUUUAAAAUUGAUUAUAACGCAACUUUGUGGCAAAUGAUGGCUUUCUCAAUGGGAUUUUACUUGAGUAGUGCUUUUGUUUGAAAUAUUUUUGAUUUAUUGGGUGAAAAAGAGAUACCCAUUCUUUCAUAAAAUAUUGAAAUGAAAUCUUCUUUCCUUUUGUGUUGAGCUUUUGAUUAGUGAAGUUUUCUGGCCAUUAUUCUUUGAGAAAGCUUGUUGGUUAUUUAUCCUGUAAUUGUAGUUUUCUAUGUUGUUGAUUUAGGCAUGUUUGGUAAGAGAUUUCUAGUAAUAUUGUUUGUAUUUUUUGGAAAUACAUAUAGAUGAAAAAGUAUGUAAAAAUAUGUAUAAUGUUGUUUAAACACCGUGUUUAAACAAGUAUAACAAACGGCCCUGACUCAUUUGGAUAGAGUUAAGUUUGAACUAUAAAAUCGUGUAUCAUUAAAAUGCCACACCGAACUCGAUUAUGUGGAAGUCGAGUUCACUGCAAUAUGUUACUCGGGCUUAAAAUACUCAAGUUUAAGACACUCGAGUACCAUGCAAGAAACACUUCCCAAUUACACUCACACAGCCACAAUUGUUGACUCCCGCAGCACUCACACAGUACGUCUUUCACUCUCUUUUAAUUUUUAAUUUUUUCAACUUCUAUCUAUUUUUUUUUUCUUAUUGGCUUCCAGUUUUGUUUCUUAUUCUUCAAGUUUUCUCAUUAGCUUCCAGGUGUGGGUUUCUCUUUUUUCUUUCUUUUGUCAAGGUCACAUGGGAUGGAAGAUAAGUCAACAAUUGUGAAAAGGCAGUGCAAGUGUUUGAAACAGAGGCAAUAAGUAUUAUAUCACAAGAAACUUGAGUUUCAUAAAAGUUGUAGAUUGCUAAAUAUUUCUUAAAUAGUGGUAAAACACUAAUAAUUUCGAAAAUUAGUGGUAUUUGGCUAUUUUUGCCUUGGAAGUAAAACACUAUAAAUUUUUUUUUUAGCUCGUUUUAGAUCAGCUAUGGAUCCAUAUGGUUGCUGGGGGGUUUAGAGGUCACAAUGGAAAAUGAUUUUUCAGCACCAGGUACCAUUUUGGGUGCUCUGCCUAAUUCAGCUAUGGAACUGGACCUCGUCGAUGAACUUUUUCAAGAUAGAUGCUGGUUGGAAGCAACUGAGGGACUUGAAUUCCUUCUUCAAAGUCCCUCCAGUUCUGGUUCAGUCUUAGGCCCUUCAUUUGUAUGGUCUGCUUUGGAGGCUCGUGACAAUUUGAGCUUGAACCCAUCUCAAAUGGGCUAUCUAGAUGAGGCACAAAGACCAUUGCCUGAUGAAAGUCAGGAAAGAAGUCUAGUCAAUGCUGUAUCUCUUGGACAGAAUACGGUUGAUGUUGUUGCUGGGUGUUCUAGUGAAUCAGAAAAUAUUGUAAUUAAAGGUCCUAAACUAGGCAGAAGGUUGUGGAUUGCACCCAACAUGAAUCAAGGUCUUACAUAUUGUGUAGAAGAGAGAUUGAUGAAGGCAAUUGAAUACGUUAGAGAAUUCACAAGAGGUAAAGAUGUUCUUAUACAGGUAUGGGUGCCUGUGAAUAGAGACGGUAGACGUGUUCUAACAACUAGUAAUCAACCUUUCGCAUUUGGUUCCAGUAAUCCAAGGCUUGCAAGUUACCGAGACAUCUCUGCGGAUUUUCAUUUUGCAGCUGAGGAUGAUUCGAAGGAGGUGAUGGGAUUGCUCAGUCGUGCUUUCUUGGGUAAGGUUCCUGAGUGGACGCCUGAUGUUCGAUUCUAUACAAAGAAUGAGUACUUUAGAAUUGUUCAUGCUCAACUGUAUGAUGUCCGUGGAACUCUUGCCCUUCCAAUCUUUGAAAAUGGUAGCAGUAAUUGCGUGGGUGUUAUUGAGGUUGUGAUGACUGCCCAGCAGACCAAGUAUGGCCCUGAACUUGAAAGUGUUUGCAAGGCACUUGAGGCUGUUGAUCUUAGGAGUUUUGAUGCUUUGAGCACCGAGAAUCUAAAGGCAUUCCCCAAGUCCUACCAAGCUGCAUUACCUGAGAUUCAAGAGGUUUUGAGAUUCGCCUGCAAGACACAUAGACUGCCCUUAGCUCAAACUUGGGUUCCAUGCAUUCGACAAGGUAAAGUGGGGUGCCGUCACUCCAAUGAGAACUACAUUUAUUGUGUUUCCACUGUGGAUCGUGCUUGCAUUGUAGCUGAUCCCAAUAUGCAGGAAUUUCAUGAGGCUUGCUCUGAGCAUCACUUGUUAAAAGGUGAAGGCAUUGUUGGGGAAGCAUUUAAGACCAAUCAACCACGCUUCUCAAGUGACAUAACAUCCCUAAGCAAGACAGAGUACCCUUUGUCUCACCAUGCAAGGUUGUUUGGGUUGCAUGCUGCUGUUGCAAUACACCUGCGAAGCAUCCACACUGGUACAGAUGACUUUGUCCUGGAGUUCUUCUUGCCCACAGAUUGCAGGGAUCCUGAAGAACAAAAGAACAUGCUUAAUUCAUUGUCCCAUACUAUACAGCAGGUUUGCCGUAGCUUACGAGUAGUAACAGACAAGGAGCUAGAGGUUAAUGGGACUAGGAAACUUAGUAGAGAAGAGAUAUUAAAAGAGAAGUGCUCUGAGUUUUGCCAACCUUGUCAAGAUUCUAACUUAAAAGUAAAUGUUGAUUGUGGUGAAGAGUGUUCUAUGCAUGGUGAGGGUAACUUCCCAAGUGUGGGUAAGGCUAAAACAGGAGAGAAAAGACGCACCAAGGCAGAGAAAACGAUCCCUUUGGAAGUCCUUCAGCAAUAUUUUGCUGGCAGUCUAAAAGAUGCCUCAAAGAGUAUUGGAGUUUGCCCAACGACUUUGAAAAGAAUAUGCCGACAACAUGGGAUUAAUCGUUGGCCUUCUAGGAAAAUUAAGAAGGUUGGUCACUCCUUAAAGAAACUCCAGCUUGCAAUCGACUUAGUUGAGGGUGCAUCUGGUGCUUUACAAAUAGAUUCCUUCUAUACCAAGUUCCCAAAGCUAGCCUCUCCAAAUUUAUCGGGAACCAACCCAUUUUCAGCUUCAAAGCUCAGCGAUCAUCCUCAGCCCAUUUUGCAGCCUGAAGGAGGCAUUUUCAGUCCUCAAACUGCUGCAUCAAAAUCACCCUACUCUUCAUGCAGUCAGAGUUCAAGUUCAACUCAUGCUCCCACUAGGAACGUUGUUGGUUGCGAAGAUCCUAUAGUUGGAGAACACUUUAGUGAUAGUGCACUACAGAGGAUCACAAGUGAAGCAGAACUGCAUGCCUCAAGUCAGGCACCAAAGCUGCAGCCAAAACUUGAGAGUCUUAAAUCUUUUAAUGAGCACCCUAGUGCUGAGAAUUUUCCACCCUUUCAGAAAUUAAAAGUCACAUAUGGGGAUGAGAAAAUCCGUUUACGAAUGAUAAACAAUUGGGGAUACAAAGAUUUGCUGCUAGAAAUUGCCAGUAGAUUUAAUAUAGAUGACAUAAGUAGGUUUGAUGUCAAGUACUUGGAUGAUGAUUCUGAGUGGGUCUUAUUAACAUGUGAUGAUGAUUUGGAGGAGUGUAUUGAUAUAUGUCGAUCAUCACAGAGCGACACUAUCAAACUCGCCCUCCAAGUUUCUCGUCAUCAUGUUGGAAGGUCUUUAGGAAGCAAUGACACUUCUUGAUUGUAAGAUGCUCUUAAAGCAAAUCAAUAAGGCCUUUAGAAGUUCAAGUUCAAAAUGGUUGCAAUCCUGCCAUUACUUCUUGGUUUGUGUUUGUUAGAUAUAUUAGGACCCUUGGGUUCAAAUCUGUUGUAAAGCUCAUUUUUGUAAGAUGCUUGAUUUGAUAUAAGCAUGAAAUUAGCAUGC